AUGCCUUCCUCCAGAAUCACCUACAGACGGAGAAAUCCGUACAACACUCGCAGCAACCGUAUCCGUGUCAUCAAGACCCCAGGCGGUGCUCUCCGAGCUCUACACAUCAAAAAGAGAGGAUCGGCCCCACGAUGCGGUGACUGCAAGACCAAGCUCUCUGGUAUCCCAGCUCUCCGCCCACGAGAAUACUCCCAGGUCUCCAAGCCAACAAAGACCGUCUCGAGAGCGUAUGGUGGUUCCCGCUGCGGUAACUGCGUCCAGGAUCGUAUCGUCCGUGCCUUCCUGAUCGAGGAACAGAAGAUUGUCAAGAAGGUCCUCAAGGAAGCCGCUGCCAAGAAGAAGUAA